GAGGGCCUCGCCACUUCUGUCCAUCUCAGGCCACUGUCCCUUGCUGCCACCGCCGCCGCCUCCUCUUCCUCCUCGCCAUGACUUCCUACAGUUACCGCCAGUCAUCCUCCGCCUCAACCUUCGGGGGCCUGGGUGGCGGCCCCGCGCGCUUUGGGGGUGGGAGCAGCUUUCGCGCCCCCAGCAUCCACGGGGGCUCCGGCGGCCGUGGGGUGUCUGUGUCCUCUGCCCGUUUCGUGUCCUCGUCCUCUGGGGGCUACGGUGGUGGCUAUGGGGUCUCACUGGCCGGGUCCGACGGGCUCCUCUCUGGCAAUGAGAAGAUCACCAUGCAGAACCUCAACGACCGCUUGGCAUCUUACCUGGAAAAGGUGCGCGCCCUGGAGCAGGCCAAUGGCGAGCUGGAGGUGAAGAUCCGCGACUGGUACCAGAAGCAGGGACCCGGACCCUCCCGCGACUACAGCCACUAUUUUAAGACCAUCGAGGAUCUACGUGAUAAGAUUCACGGGGCCACCAUUGACAACUCCAAGAUCGUCCUGCAGAUCGACAAUGCCCGUCUGGCUGCAGAUGACUUCCGCACCAAAUUCGAGACGGAGCAGGCCCUGCGCCUGAGUGUGGAGGCCGACAUCAACGGGCUGCGCAGGGUGCUGGACGAGCUGACCCUGGCCAGGACCGACCUGGAGAUGCAGAUCGAAGGCCUGAAGGAGGAGCUGGCUUACCUGAAGAAGAACCACGAGGAGGAAAUCAGUGUCCUGAAGGGCCAGGUGGGUGGCCAAGUGAGCGUGGAGGUGGAUUCGGCUCCAGGUGUUGACCUUGCCAAGAUCCUGAGUGAGAUGAGAAGCCAGUAUGAGGUCAUGGCUGAGAAGAACCGGAAGGAUGCCGAGGCCUGGUUCGUCAGCCGGACUGAGGAGCUGAACCAGGAGGUGGCUAUUAAUACAGAACAGCUGAAGACGAGCAGAUCGGAGGUCACUGACCUGCGGCGGACCCUGCAGGGUCUUGAGAUCGAGCUGCAGUCGCAGCUCAGCAUGAAAGCGGCCCUGGAAGGCACGCUGGCAGAGACGGAGGCCCGUUUCGGGGCGCAGCUGGCACAGAUCCAGGCGUUAAUCAGCAGCAUCGAGGCGCAGCUGAGCGACGUGCGGGCUGACACCGAGCGGCAGAACCAGGAGUACCAGCAGCUCAUGGGCAUCAAGUCACGGCUGGAGCAGGAGAUUGCCACCUACCGCAGCCUGCUUGAGGGCCAGGACAUCCACUAAAACAACCUGCCCACCCCCAAGGUUGUCUGAGCUGCCAAAGUUGGGCUGCUGGGCUCUGCCCUCCUGCAGGGAGAGGGCACUGGGUAGGGGUAUGGGAGCGGAGGGGCCCUUACACUGGGCACUUCCCCUGAGCUGCCAAUAAAACUUUAUGGCCCGAGA